CACUCACAUGACAGCCGGAACAGACGCUGAGCUCCUCACAAUCCUUUUUUUAACGCUGGUUUCAAACGUCCUUUUCUUUUUGUUUUACGUUUUUCUAAUAUGCAGCUGCAUGGAGUACAUGAACACAGGACAAGGUCAGAGAUAUUUGUUUUUAAAAUGAGCUCUUGAGUCGGUGUUUUGUGCGGAGCUGCUACGUUUUUUGAUGAGGUGUUGAAUCCUGGGAAGUUUUGUCGUUUCUCUUCAGGCAUUUCUGAAAUGCACUGCAACAUGAGUCCAGAGAGGAAGAAGCUCUUGAACAUUGUGAUCCUUGGCUUCAGCUUCAUGUUCAUGUUCACCGCUUUCCAGACGUGUGGAAAUAUAGAGCAAACUGUUAUAAAGAGCUUCAAUCAUACUGAAUUCCAUGGGAGCGGCUACACAAGCAUGGCCAUCAUCUACGGGGUUUUCUCUGCAUCCAACCUGAUUUCCCCCUCAGUGGUGACGGUCAUAGGUCCACAGCUGUCAAUGUUCUUCAGUGGACUCGUGUACAGUGGGUACAUCGCUGUGUUCAUUUACCCUUACACAUGGAGCUUUUACAUGGCUUCUGUGCUGGUUGGAAUAGCAGCUGCAGUCUUAUGGACGGCUCAGGGAAAUGUGCUCGCCAUCAACUCAACUGGCUCCACCAUUGGAAGGAACAGUGGGAUAUUUUGGGCACUGCUUCAGUUCAGCUUGUUCUUUGGAAAUCUUUAUGUAUACUGUUCCUGGCAUGGACACGUCCACAUAACUGACAAGGAUCGUCAGACCGUCUUCAUCUCUCUGACGGUUGUCAGCCUGGUGGGCUGUUUCCUUUUCUUUCUGAUCCGGAAGCCCGAUCCAGAAUCUGUUCCUUCAGAAGAGUCUGUGUCCAUCCUGCAGGGUGACUCCAUAGAGAGCUGCUCCACAACAGGGUCACCUAAAUCAAACCUCUGUUCCCAAGCUCUGGAUGCUUUUGUCAAAGCGUGCAAGCUGUGUGUUACCAAGGAGAUGUUGCUGCUGAGUACCUCUAUAGGAUACACAGGUUUGGAGCUGACGUUCUACAGUGGGGUGUACGGGACGUGUAUCGGAGCCAUGACACAGUUUGGGACCGACGCAAAGAGUUUGAUCGGCAUCUCGGGCAUUUGUAUCGGCAUAGGCGAGAUCUUAGGAGGGGGCGCAUUUGGGAUGUUGAACAAGAGCAACCGAUUCGGGAGGAAUCCAGUGGUGCUGUUGGGGAUCAUCACUCACUUUGUUGCCUUCUUUCUGAUUUUCCUGAACAUUGCCAAUGAUGCCCCUUUGGCCUCAGAGGCAGGAACAGAUCUGCAGACCUUCAUCACCCCCAGCAGCACCCGGGUGGCGCUGCUGUGCAGCUUCCUGCUCGGCCUGGGAGACAGUUGCUUCAACACGCAGCUCCUCAGCAUCAUCGGCUUCGUGUUUCAUGACAACAGCGCCCCCGCCUUCGCCGUCUUCAAGUUCAUUCAGUCCAUCAUGGCAGCUCUGGCCUUCUUCUACAGUAACUACCUGCUGCUGCAGUGGCAGCUGCUCAUCCUGGUUGUGGUCGGCUUCUUUGGCACCAUAUCCUUCUUUAUGGCAGAGUGGCUGGCAGAGUCCAGCAGGAGAGAAUCGGACUAUGACACCAUCUGAUCCCCGGGCAGGCCUGCGUCUGAUUGGACACUGAUGUACUUAAUGUUUUAACUGUUUUCCACACAUUCUUUUUGCCACGUCUCUAUCACUGCAUCCAAAUCAGAUGGAUUUUUUUUUUAGUAGAGAGACCAACAUCUGAGAUCAUGAAAGCUUGAAGUUCUCAAGCAGGUUUCCUCUGCAGCUGUCUCCAGCACUUCAUUGUCGGUGGAGGGCUUCACAUUCCUUUUUCCUUUUCGUGACAUAUACGCUUAGCUCGGUUUGGGUCAGGUGGCUGACUUUACACUUCCUGUCCUUUGCCUUAAAUAUGUCUCGGGUUACUUUGCAGGAAGCGUGGAGCUGUUGUCCAUCUGCACUGUUGUCGACAUGUCAGCUGAUAGAAAAGUCCAAAGGACUCGAGAAUCCAUCCUGCUGCUUUUCUCACCAAUCAGUGUAUCGGUUAAAAAGAAGGAAAAUAAGCUUCUGCUGACACAACAAUACACCAUCGUGGAGGUGGUAUACUGCAGAUGUUCUUCUGUAUCCAUCAUGCUGUAGCAAGUUAAUCACUUCAUGGUGACAGUUCAUCCAAUUACUGCUGGAACCUUAAAAAUUCUGGACCACACACACAAAGUAUUGUCAUUGGUGCUUUUUCACUCAAUUAGAAAUGUAAAUUCCUUUCAAUUAAAUCUGAAGCCGGCACUUUGAGCUCAUUGAUUGUUGGUUUUAAUCUCCAACACACUGGCAGCUAAAAUCACAAAAUCUGUCAGGGUCCAAGUAUUUAUGGACUUAACUGCACUGUCAGUAAUCCAAAGACAUCUGUUUGGCUGUUUGUAUGAACAUCGAUCAGCUGUUUUAAAAAAAAAAAAAAAAAUCACAGGAUGAUUCCUGCAGCAGAAUAUUAGACACACUGGUCAGGAAGAACACUUAAGACUUGGAAAAUGGAUUUGGCAGAAAAUGAUGUGAAAAUAAAGAUGUAAUUUUAAGAAAGUCAUUGUAUCCAAAAAACUGUAAGUGCUACAUCAUUUAAUGUGUUAUCUGAUGAGGUUGAGUGCAAUUUACAAAGUGUGUGUGUGUGUGUGUGUGUGUGUGUGUGUGUGUGUGUGUGUGUGUGUGUGUGCGUGUGUGUGUGUGUGUGUGUGCGUGUGUGUGUGUGUGUGUGCGCGUGUGUGUGUGUGUGUGCGCGUGUGUGUGUGUGUGUGUGUGCGCGCGUGCGUGUGUGUGUGUGUGUGUGUGUGUGUGCGCGCGUGCGUGUGUGCGCGCGUGCGUGUGCGUGUGCAUGCAUGCUCGUUCCAGGAAGGCUUUCCCCAUGUGUGCGAAUGUUGUUGAAUUGCAUAAACAGAAAGUGUGCAACCACGUUAAACCAGUGAGGGAAUGUUUGGAGGACGAGGGAAUCAAAGUGGGCCAGUGAAGAGGAACAGAACACUCACACUCAUGAUGUUUACACAAGUUCAAAUCAACACUUUUUUUUUUAACACCAGUCUGGUCUGGUUGUUGCAAUAAUUGGCUUUAAUGCACGUUAUCUUCAUCAGAUUAAUCUCAGUGUGGGGGGAAAAUGAACGGUCUUUGUUGAAAUAGUAACUUUUUAAAUGUAAAACAUUUGAGGUUUGUUUUGUGUCGAGGCUGCAGCUGUUGCACCUCAUCGUGAGGAUAAUAAGGGAAAUGUUUGUUUUGAGGCUGGAUUUCUGCUUGAAUGUAGGAAUAGAAUGAAACAAACUUUUGCUGGGUUCUAUUUAUUAUCAAUAAAAAUUAAUUUUGAA